AUGCUGCUGCAGGUUGACACCCAGCCCAUCGACAUAAUGGCAGUGGAGGCUGUGAUUCCGGAGGACCCGAUUUACGAAACUGGUAGUCCCCGGAAGUUUGCUGAUUGCCAUGCCACGACGAAGCCAAUGCCUGGUGCUGCGGAGGAGGUGGCUCCCGAACAAGAGAUCACGCCGGCAUUGCAGAAGCAGAUGCGGACUCAGAGGCGUGAGGCAAAGGCUGCGGCAAAGGCUGCGGCAAAGGCUGCAAAGGGGAAGGGGCGAGGAAGGGGCCAAGGAAGGGGAAGGGGCCGGGGCCGAGGAAAGAAGGAACCCGAAGCUCCUGAGACCGAGAGGAGCGAGGACGACGACGCCGACGCCCCGAAGAAGACAAAGCCACGCAAGACCGAGAAGAGCAAGGACACCGACGCCCCGAAGAAGAAGCCACGCAAGACCGAGAAGAGCGAGGACGACGACGCCCCGAAGAACACGAAGCCACGCAAGACCGAGAAGAGCGAGGACGACGCCGCCCCGAAGAAGAAGCAGCCGCGCAAGACCGAGAAGAGCGACGAGGACGACGACGCCCCGAAGAAGAAGAAGCAGCCACGCAAGACCGAGAAGAGCGACGAGGACGACGCCCCGAAGAAGCAGCCACACAAGACCGAGAAGAGCGACGAGGACGACGCCCCGAAGAAGAAGCCACGCAAGACCGAGAAGAGCGACAAGGACGACGCCCCGAAGAAGAAGCCGUGCAAGACCGAGAAGAGCGACAAGGACAAGCCGAAGCCGAAGACAUCCACACGGGGCGGCGAGCCCACGGAUGAUCCAGAAUUUGGCUGCCCGAAGUGCCGCUGGUCGCCGCGGGGCUGCGCGAGAUGCAGGGAUCCGAGCUACCAGGGGCCGAGAGGACGUCGCCGAGCGUGA